CGCUGUCGAUAGGCUUAAUAACGAGAAGAUCGCUGCACUCCCUUCCCAGCCUCUUUACUACAAAUGCAAGGACUUUUUCAGUUGGAAACCGCACCAUAGAGACAAACAUAAGGAAUUUGAGAAGUACAAGAAGAGGCAUGGGGAUAGAACCCUUGACGCUCUGAAAGAUCAUCGGUACGAACGACAGGUGCAGUUGAAGGUGGGCAUGCGGGUGGUUCUUUUGCAAAACCUUGAACCGACCGCAGGCCUCGUGAACGGGUCUCAGGGAACGAUCGUAGACUUCGAGCACUAUGACAGCAAGUGGAUGCCCAGAAAAGGCGACAACAGGGACGACGAGGAAACUUCGGGAGUGCCCAUUCUUGGUGGCUCCCAUGCCAGGUAUCGUCAACAACAGAUCAAGGACUUCGUCGAAGAGAACGACUAUCAGCCCUGGCCGGUUGUCGAAUUCGACCACAACGCACUUAAACGAACGAUAUACGCGGAUUGCACCACCAAUGAAUAUGGCGAUGAUGAGCCAUACAGUCUUCUUUCCCGGACGCAGAUCCCGCUGAUGGCUGGCUACGCAAUCACGGUACACAAGGCCCAGGGAAUGACACUUGAUAGAGUCAAGGUCGAUCUAUCGCAAGCCUUUGAUCCAAGCCAAACCUAUGUUGCCCGUACGUACUAUCGCGGCUAGAAACGUUUACCUGGGCUAAUUGCUUGCGAAGUCAGCAGAGCGAGAUCUCUCGAAGGACUGACGGUGAUGGGUUUGCCACCGAAGGGCUUGGGCGGUGCCAAUGAGCAGGUCAAAGAGUUCCACGAGACGUAUCUGCUGGAUCAAUGAGAGCUUCUCGAGUCUGGCGUCGAUGAAGGCGGGCCAGGAAGGGUGAUGUUGGACGGUGCCAGCUGACACGACACGCGUUGGCUUAGCACCCUUCUACGCGAGCGAACGUGUAA